GCGUGGAUGGCGUCAGCGCCGCAGGGCAGCAUGGGGGAGUGGUGUACGGCAGCGGGCAUUUCGGAUCGGCCCGCGCCGCACCGCACAGAUCGGUGUCGCUGCACGGCGGCGGCGGCGGGGCCGGCGGCACCACGGGCGCCGGGAAAGCGGAGCCCGCGGGGCACCAAGGCGGCGCGGGCGGCACGGAGGGGGUCGCCGGCGCUCCUGCCUCCGCCGUCCCCGGGCCCCCCGUGCCACCCCCCCGUGCCAGCCUCUCAAACCGCGGGGGGGGAGAGUAAGGACGGGAACGGGACCCCGGCUCUACAGCUGCUGACACCCGCGUCGCCUCUGCCACCGCCCAGCCCAGCCACUGUCCAGUCCCCGCCAUGCGUCUUCACGUCCCCGCGUCCACCACCGAAGCCGCCCGACACCGGCACACGGCCCCCGCCUGUCUCUGCCCCGCUGCUGACACCGGCACAGAUCCCGUCUGUAUCCGCUAGGUCAGCAACUCUCCCCGACAGCGCGGAACAGCGACAGCCGCGGCCCCCGCGCACCGAUGUACUGCCACUCCCGGGCUCACCUACGCGACUCCUGAACUGCCCGGCACCACCACCAGCAGCCACGAAAGACGGGGGAGAACGGGAGUGAGAAAUAGAGGGAAAUAUAGGAAGAGAUUAUUCAAAAGCAGAUACCGUACCACCAACAGUGGCAAUUCAAGCAAAGGAACUUAGAAAGACUUUGAGAGAAAGUGAUCUACCAGAGACACUUCAACAAAAAACAAACGAAUUCCCGUUAUUUGCAUGAAUGCAUGUUGUUUUUACCCUUUUGCUUGAAUUUUUGUAGUAAAACUUUACCUGUAAAUCAGCCCAAGAUAAAUGCCUGGGUCGCCUUAGCCAAAGGCUGCAAGCUUUGAUACCAUCUGUUUGUCAGAUCAUACUGUUCCCAUUCAUAAACAGCUGCAAAAUUUGAAAAAUUUAGGCACCCAAACUCAUAUUGAUAAUUCUAAAGUGAAUCAAUCUGACCUUCAAAAGUUAGAGAAGCUGGACAAUUUGUUUAAAGGUUUAAGCUUUGCACCUUGGCUAAGAGAACUCUGUAAAAUAAGCUUAAUUGUUUUAAUAAGUGUUAAUUGUAGUUUUAGCAGCAGUACCCGUUAUAUUUCAGUGUGUGC